AUGAAGUUGGUCGACUUCUUUUCUGUCUUAACCAGAGAGAGCGUGUAUAUCUAUCUAUCUAUCUAUCUAUCUAUCUAUCUAUCUAUCUAUCUAUCUAUCUAUCUGUUGUUCGCAUCUAUCUAUCUAUCUAUCUAUCUAUCUAUCUAUCUAUCUAUCUAUCUAUCUAUGCUUUUGUCUGUCUGUUGGUUUCUUUCUUUCUUUCUUUCUUUCUUUCUUUCUUUCUUUCUUUCUUUCUUUCUUUCUUCCUAUCUUUCUUUCUUUCUUUCUUUUACGUUUGUUUUCAUUUUAACUUAUAUUUUUUUAUAUCACAUUUAUUCUUUGUUCUUGUCUUAUUCUCUUCCCCGCUUUUUUCCUUUCUUUCUUUCUUUCUUUCUUUUUUUCUUUCUUUCUUUCUUUCUUUCUUUCUUUCUUUCUUUCUUUCUUUCUUUUACCUUUGUUUUCAUUUUCUAUUUUUCUAUUUCUUUUAGUUUUUCGUUAUUUUUUCUUAUAUUCUUUCUUUCUUUCUUUCUUUCUUUCUUUCUUUUUUUCAUUCGGUCUUUCAUGUUUUCUAUCUUUCUUUAUUUUUAUCUUUCUAUUACCUUUAUUUUUAUUUUAACCUUUUUAUAUUUCGUUUAUUUUUCGUUCUUUUUUAUUCUCUUCCUUCCUUCCUUCAUGCCUUUCUUUCUUUCUUUCUUUCUUUCUUUCUUUCUUUCUUUCUUUCUUUCUUCCUUCCUAUCUUUCUUUCUUUCUUUUACGUUUGUUUUCAUUUUAACUUAUAUUUUUUAUAUCACAUUUAUUCUUCGUUCUUGUCUUAUUCUCUUUCUUUCUUUCUUUCUUUCUUUCUUUCUUUCUUUCUUUCUUUUACCUUUUUUUUCGUUAUUUUUUCUAAUUCUCUUUCUUUCUUUCUUUCUUUCUUUCUUUCUUUCUUUCCACAGAGAAAGAGAAAAGGAAGAUUUCUUUUUAAAAGAAAUCUUCCUUUUCUCUUUCUCUUUCCCUUACCUUUUUGUCACUUUUUCUAUUAGCAUCAAUUUUUAA